GCUGAAUUUGAUUUUUCUAUUGAAUGUUCUGUCUUGUUUAUGUUUGUUUGUGUUAUUAUUAAUAAACUAUUCAUGAUCGCGUAAAGAUUCUUUCUUUUAACAAGUCCAAUUCUUUUGUUGAGGUUUUGUUUCCUCUAUGUGUUCUGUUUUGAAGCAGAGUUGUUAAGUUAUUUUGAUUUUGGUUUGUGAUCAUGAAAUCGAAAAACAUUUAUUCUGGAUCCGAUGUUAAUGUCUUUAGUCAUGAUCCUAUCUUUUUGUUUGUUGUACGCAGAUGCCUAAAGUUGUGCUUUUUUAUUAUCUGAAUCAGGAAUUAGAAAUUUCCCAUUUUUUUGUUUCUCUGUUUUGUUUUGCCAGUAGUUAUUUUAGGAUUCUACCUCGAAAGUUUGUGAGAAGAGGAACGGUAUUUAAUACACUUACAAAUUUGAUAUUGGAAGAACCAAAGAUGCCCUGGACAGCAUUCUUCAUGUUUUUCAACAGAACUUGCACUCGUCUGGUUGUCUUUUUCCUCGUUAUUCUGUAAUUUUGUUCCUUUCAGGUGUUGUUUCCGGAAUUCGGAAUAGUUCUUUGUUGUUGUGCUUAUUAUACUGGUUAGUUUGUGAGAAUGUGCAUUGUUGGAAACAAGAAGGGAAACCGAUCAUUGAAGGAAAUAGGAACUUUUAUGAUGACUACAUGUUUCAUUGCUAAUUACCAAUCCGUUCAAGUUUGCCAGGCUGAAUAUUUCAGACAGUUGCUUAAGCCUGUAACGUAGUCUAGCGUCUGGAGUUUUCGGAAAUUGGGGUUUUGAGCGGCUAUCUACUUUUGAUUUCGAAAAAAUUUACUGUGAGUUGUUAAAGAGUCUGGUAUUCUGAAGAGCUGUCUGUGGGGGAGCUUCUGGUUUGGGGGGUAAGGGCUCUGGUGGAAACUCGUGAUAUCUUUAGUAUGAUGGCCAUAACUUGAUAUAGCAUUUGGUUCCGUGUGUCAACUUAGUGUAGUAGUAACUGAGCAGCUGGAAGCUUACAAAGGCGACAAAUCGGUAGUAGAAAAUAUUCAAGCAGCUUGCAGUUUGAGGUGUACAACUUGUUUUUCUCUUUGCGUUUCCUUUUUUACGUUUGCACGGGUUUUCUGAUGCAGAACAAUCAGUUUCCUCACUUCUCAGAUGAAGUGGGUGACAGAAAUAUGCACAACCCGUAUGCAUCAGGGUCAUCCUAUGAUGCUUUGUUCCCACCAUGUGCAAAGUUGCCAUACCAUGGUGUUGAACUUCAACCGUCUGCGGUCUGUCCAAAGAACUUUGUCAUCUUCGAUCAAACAUAUGACCGCAGCCAAGUGAUGUACCAUCCUGAGCUGACUCAUAAGCUCAUGAAUACCCCUUCGUUGAACAAUUUAGCUUCGACGUUUCAGAACGAGUAUGUUGGGGGAAGUUAUGGUAACUAUGGUAACUAUGAGCAAGAAGUAUCCUCUUCUUAUCAAGAAGAUCCAAAUGAGAUCGAUGCUCUCUUGAGCGCAGAUGAAGAUUAUGAAGAGAAUGAUGAUAAUGAAGGUGAAGAGGAUGGUGGUGAUUCAGAAGAAGUCAGCACUGCUCGUACUUCUUCCAGGGAUUAUGGAAACACCACAGCAGAAUCUUGUUGUUCCAGUUAUGGUUACAACAACAACAACAACAACAACUCAAGGAAGCAGAGUUUAUCGGGCAGUGCUAGUAGUAGUAACAAUGAUGGGAAAGGACGUAAAAAGAUGAAGAAGAUGAUGGGAGUAUUGAGGAGAAUUGUCCCUGGAGGAGAACAGAUGAAUACAGCUUGCGUUCUUGAUGAAGCUGUUCAGUAUCUCAAGUCACUUAAAAUCGAAGCUCAGAAACUUGGCGUUGGACAUUUCUCAAACCAAUCUUGAAUGCUACCGAUAUUCGGUUCUUCCAUCACUAUUGUUUCUCGGGAGGAUGGUAUCUAUUUUAUGUUUGAAUCUCUCUAUGUAUUUUGCUUUUUGUGUGUUACUGCUUCGAUGAAGAAGCAAGGUUUGAACAAGUACUUGUGGAUUUGAUUUGAGAUUUUAAUUUGUAUGGUUUUACUUUCACUGUAAUCAUUUGACUAUGAACUACAAUUAUCAUUAUGUAUUUGCUUCUACAUAGUUUUAAACAUUUGGUCUUCCUUCUACUGAACAAUGUAAGGGCCAUCAUUUUGAAAAGUCACGCUUAUACC